UGAUGGAUGACACGAAUCAAAAGGUUUCUGGCAUAAAUAAAACUAGUCUAAAAAGGUGACACUGACAGUUUUCUUGCUAGCCUUUCGUUCAUCUUUCCAUCCUCCCUCGAAUUCCCGACUCCAAAACCUGCAGGCUCCGUACCUCCGCAUCGGUUGUACAUCGGAGCAGGAAAACAUUCCAGUCGCCAUCGCGGGGAUCCGUGCGGCCAGCCUACAUAGGGCAUAUAAUUUGCGCGGUUUCACAUGCUAAAAUCCGCCCUUGACCUUAGGAGCUAUUUUACGUCGAAGUACCCGACUACUCUCAUCUUUGCUCUAUAAACCAAUGUCGCGCAAUAACGGAUCCAAAAAGCCAGUCGGGUUUGCUACUCAUGUCACUGCUGGCGGGAUUGCAGGAGCAUGCGAGGCGCUAACAUGCCAACCUCUGGAUACUAUCAAAGUCAGGAUGCAGCUAUCGAGAUCAGGCCGACUUCCUGGGACAAAACCUCGCGGGUUUUUCGCUACUGGUACCUACAUCGUUCGUCGAGAAACGCCUCUCGCACUUUACAAGGGCCUUGGUGCCGUCCUCUCCGGUAUUGUUCCAAAGAUGUCUAUCCGUUUCGCCAGUUUCGAAGCCUACAAGACCGCUCUUGCCGACCCAGAAACAGGCAACACGAGCAUGGGAAACAUAUUCAUAGCUGGAUUGGGGGCUGGAACAACAGAAGCCGUCGCAGUAGUCACGCCCAUGGAAGUUGUGAAGAUCAGACUUCAAGCCCAGCAGCAUUCACUAGCAGAUCCGUUAGAAACGCCGCGAUAUCGAAACGCUGGUCACGCUGUAUAUACCAUCGUUAGAGAAGAAGGGUUCUCCACGUUAUAUAGAGGGGUCUCGUUAACUGCUCUUAGACAAGCAACAAAUCAAGGUGCAAACUUCACUGUAUACCAGGAAGCUAAGAAAUUUGCCCAACGACUACAACCUGGCGUGGAGGAGCUCCCGUCAUACCAGACAAUGAUGAUUGGUCUAUUGUCAGGCGCCGCAGGGCCUUUGUCUAAUGCGCCCAUCGAUACAAUCAAGACCCGUUUACAAAAAUCUACCGCGACACCUGGAUCUUCGGCACUUUCUCGAAUCAUGACUAUCGCAAGAGAAAUGUGGAUACAGGAAGGAGUGAAGUCAUUUUAUAAAGGGUUGACGCCUCGCAUACUGCGUGUAGCGCCUGGCCAGUCGGUGGUAUUUGCUGUGUACGAACGUGUCAGUGGAAUGAUUGAGAGGAUGAGACCGAGUACUGGGGGCGAUGCAUACUCAGAGUGA